GAAUUCGACAACUGCGAGCUUGCCGGACAAGAAAUCCCACCGAUUCACCGCACUAUUAAACCAUUUCGCGAGCAAUGAAAGCUUCAUCACACACUGCAAUCAAAUCCAAUUAACAAUGGCGGAUCAGGUGAAGCUUCAUGGAACUUGGCCGAGCCCUUUCAGUUACAGAGUAAUUUGGGCUCUGAAGCUGAAGGACAUACCGUACGAGUACGUAGAAGAGAAUCUCGCCGACAAAAGCCCUCUUCUCCUGCAGUACAAUCCCGUCCACAAGAAGAUUCCAGUGCUCGUCCAUGGCGGAAAACCAGUCUGCGAAUCCAUGAUUAUCCUCGAGUACAUCGACGAGACAUGGCCGCACAAACCGCUCCUGCCUUCCGAUCCUUUCGAGAGAGCCACCGCUCGGUUCUGGAUCAAAUUUAUUGAAGAUAAGGGCUCCGCGAUUUGGGCAGUUUUUCUGGCGGAAGGGGAAGAGGAGAAGGAAAAGGCGAGGAAAUCGGCCCUGGAAGUGCUGCAAACAGUGGAAGAACAGGGACUCGGCGUCGUCGGCGGCAAGAAAUUCUUCGGCGGCGACGAGAUUAACAUGGUGGAUUUGGCGUUCGGGUGGUUUGCGCGGUGGCUGCCGGUGGUCGAAGAGGUGGUGGAUGUGAAAUUACUGGAACCGAAUGCAUUCCCUCGCCUCCAUGCUUGGACGGAGAACUUCCGGAACGCCGCCGUGAUCCGGGAGAAUCUCCCCGAUCACGACCAGAUGGUGCCGCGGUUCAAGGCCCGGAGGGAGCAGCUCCUGCAAACUCUGAAGAAAUAAUCGUGAGGAUGAAGAUCGUAAAUCCGUGGGGUUCGAUUUCCUCCGUUUUAGGGCUUUUUUCUUUCGGUUGCAGAGUUCGUCUGUGAUUCUGUUUUUUGUUUAUCUUCCUUUCGCCGGUUGUGUUUGUAUUUUUAUUUUCAUGCACCCUUAAUGUAAAAUAAA